UUUUUUUUUUACUAUAAUGCAGAUAUACUGUACGCAUUUCCUACAAUGAAAUCCGCAUCUCCUGUAAUACGAAGCCCACGAAAUGUUUUUGCACACUAGAUCACUGGAACAGAUCUUUCCACAGCGUCCCCAGCUCGCUGGGCGCGAGAAGAGGAUCCACGGCAUAUAUCAAGCAUCAUGAAUUGCAGACAUUGCAAAACUUUUCUAUCUGUGCUGAGGAAGCCAAGUCGAGCCCUGUGUCUGCAACGUUUACCCACUACGGCGAAAGGGUUUCAUGCAGGAGCAGCUCAAAAAACGUAUGACAUGAGAAGAGUGGAGCUAACACCUCUUGAGCAGAGGAAAUUGACGUUUGACACACAUGCUCUGGUGAGAGAUCUGCAAGCCAGCGGCUUUGGAAAAGAACAAGCAGAGAUUAUUGUCACGGCGCUUGUAACACUAACAACUGCCAAUAUGGACAUAGUGUACAGAGACAUGGUGACUGGGGCACAUCAGGAGAUUGCUCUACAGCAAAUAAUGGCUCACCUGGAUUCAAUCAGGAAAGACAUGGUUAUUUUGGAAAAAAGUGAAUUUAGAAACCUUAGGGCUGAGAAUGAGAAAAUGAAAACUGAAUUGGAGCAGGUUAAACAGCUACUUAUGGAAGAAAGCCGGAAAAUCAGAGCAGAUGCCAAACUGGAUAUUAAUUUGGAAAGAAGCAGAGUAACUGACAUGUUUACAGAACAGGAGAAGAAACUUAUGGAAGUCACAACAGAAUUUCACAAAAAGAAUGCUGAUGUAGACCGUAGCACAAUGGAAGCAACAAAAAAAAUUGACAUAGAAGUGGCUUCGUUGAAAACUCUGCUAGAAUCUCUAAAGUUGGAUACUAUACGCUACCUUGCAGCUUCUGUCUUCUCCUGCCUGGCAAUAGCUUUAGGCUUUUACCGUCUUUGGAAGUGAGAAAACAAAAUACGUACAUUUUAAUAAAGUAUAACGGCACUUCAGCAGUCUACAAUUCAGAAGAUCCAACAGAUGUGAAAGUGCUGUAUUUACAGUGGUUCAGCCACAAAACAUUGUGCUAAUACAGCACUGAGAUACGGUUCUGGAGCAGUGUAAUGAGUAUGUACCUGCAGGAAGUAACUGUCUUCUUAGAUGCCUUUUUACUUUUUACAUAACAGGACUGUUCUGAAGUUUGUUUUUGCUGUUGUUGCUGAUAUAUUGUAUUUCAGAAACAAGUCAAGUGCACUUACAGUAUGGUAACAUAGUUACUAAAGUGGCUACAUUUGCUUGUCUAGUAUGCCCACUUUCAAUAUACAGUAUAUGGUACAUUUGUCAGUGAAAACAAAUCUAAGACAUCUGCCAUACAAUUGUCACUGAAGAACUGUUGCUUACUAUUUUUUAUUAAGACCUUAUUUCAAGAUUAAACAUUCAUCAGUGUUCUAAAUGGAAACUACAAUAUCAUUCCUUUGUAAACCAAAUAGUGCCAAGGAAGCUCUGUAUUUUAAACAGUUUGCCUGCUGUCAAUAAAUAAUGUGUUUGCUCA